AUGGCUGAGGAUAAUAAAGAUAUUUUACUUCACUAUGAAAUUGAAGCAAUCAUUGAAAAUCUUGAGCCAACAAAGCUCGAAGAUUUUGGGACUAAAAAAUGGUUUGAGUUUCAUAAAAAGCUAAUGCUGUUGAGUCAACAAAGUAUACUAGAAGUAAGUGACUCAAGAACAGAAGUUGUUAAAGAAUGGUUUGUUACAUUUCAAAAAAUAAUAAUAUUAAUACAUGAAGCAAUACAAAUAUCAGUAUGGAAAAGAAAAGUUUAUCAUCAUUUAAUUGAUAAUAAUAAUCAACCAACAAAUACAUUUAUGCUUUACAGUGUUUUUUACCAUGAAAAUAUAUCAAUUUCACUUUUAGAAAAUAUUUUAUAUCACUGUGAUAGUGUUGAGAGUCUUGAUGAUUCAGCUCUGGACCUGGUUGAUUAUGCUGUUGAUUAUAUCACUCGUUUGGUCUUCCAGAAAAAAGAUAAAUCAACAGAAUCAUCAAAAAAUAUAGAAGACAUUUCUUGCCUUGAAGAGUUGUCACAAAAAAAAAUGGAAAUUGAAUUUGACAUUGGAAUUAAGUGUAUAUCAAUUAUUGGAUAUUUUGCAAGAUUUUUAGAUAAUCUUCCUUUGUCAAUUUUAAAACGUAUCCUAAAAACCCAUGAUGUUCCAUAUUUAUUUUGUCAAUUAAUUGAGAAUAAACCAUGGAAAAAAAUUAAUGAAAAUAAUGAAAUAAUGAUUUACAAUUCAACCUGGGAAAAAGUUGAAAAAAAAGAAAGUGAUAAAAUUUGUCGAGCUGAGGGACAAGUUUGGCUUGGACUGAGAGAACUUCUUUUGAAUCCAAAAUCUGGACCUUAUUAUGAAAUAACUGAAUUUCGAAUGACUGAGCUAAUUAAGCUUCAAAAAUAUUUGCAUGAAAAAGUAUUGGAUCAAAUUGCUCCACUGAUGGAUCUUCGUAGAUGGCUGAGUUACCUGAACAUUUCUUCUCAAACAGAUCACACAAAAUCAUCAGCAUUAACAGUGGAAAUCAUUCCACAAAUUCAAUCAUCAAUCAUUGAAAAAUACCACAAAAAGUGGAAAAAAAUUGCUAAGAUACAAGCAGAGACACUGUUCUCAAAAAAUAUUGAUUAUAUAAAAUCAAUGGCUGAAAUACUCAGUGGUGCAUAUGAUCUUGAUAAAUUAUUUUUAAAAGACAUUAAACAAUGUGCCUUGUGUCGUAGAAAUGCUACAAAAAAAUGUUCCAAGUGUAAAAAUAUUUUUUACUGUGGAAGAGAAUGUCAAGUUAAAGAUUGGACAUCUCACAAAAAUACUUGCAACUCGUAAAAUAUUAACAACUAAAUUAUGAUAAAAUUGAGUUUCUUUUUUAAUAUAAAAAGCACACACUUGACUGCAUUUUAUCAUGUGAUUGGUUAAAACUUUUCAACAUUUGUUAUUAAUGUUGUUAACUAAUUUAUUUGAGUUGGGUCUGUCCUAGGUCAGUCAUGUUACAGCUUUAUAUAUUCAUAUUGAAUAAAGUAUUAUUAUAUUAAUUAUACAAAAUAAUUAUCAAAGUAUAAUUAUACUUAUUAAUAAAUUAAUAUUUAAAUAAAAAAAAAAAAGCUACUGUAGUUACUACGUUUAU